UGUUAGGCGCAGUGUUUUUGUCCGGUCGAUGCAGAGCUGUCUCUCUUUAGCUACCUAGCAUCGUUAGCAUCGUUAGCCGCUGUGUUGUCAUGUCAACAACACGGAGCUGUUAACAGAGCGUCUCUUCAUCCACAUCUGGAGGACACACAUCUGGAGGACACACAUCUGGAGGACACACAUCCGGAGGACACACAUCUGGAGGACACACAUCCGGAGGACACACAUCUGGACUCCGCAGAACUGGGAGAUGAAAUGACAACGUCCACACUGCAGAAAGCGAUCGAUCUUGUGACCAAAGCCACAGAAGAAGACAAGGCCAAGAACUAUGACGAGGCGCUGCACCUGUACCAGCACGCCGUGGAGUACUUCCUGCACGCCAUCAAGUAUGAGGCCCACAGCGACAAGGCGAAGGAAAGCAUCCGAGCCAAGUGCCUUCAGUACCUGGACCGGGCGGAGAAGCUCAAGGACUACCUGAAGAACAAAGACAAGCAGGGCAAGAAGCCCGUGAAGGAGGCGCAGAGCAAUGACAAGAGCGACAGUGACAGCGAGGGAGAAAACCCCGAGAAGAAGAAGCUGCAGGAGCAACUCAUGGGUGCCAUCGUGAUGGAGAAGCCCAACGUCCGGUGGAGCGAUGUGGCCGGACUGGAGGGAGCCAAGGAAGCUCUGAAGGAAGCCGUCAUCCUGCCCAUCAAGUUCCCACAUCUCUUCACAGGCAAGCGGACUCCAUGGAGGGGCAUCCUGCUGUUCGGACCCCCGGGGACCGGGAAGUCCUACCUGGCCAAGGCCGUGGCCACAGAGGCCAACAACUCCACCUUCUUCUCCGUCUCCUCCUCAGACCUCAUGUCCAAGUGGCUGGGAGAGAGUGAGAAGCUGGUGAAGAACCUGUUUGACUUGGCUCGCCAGCACAAACCCUCCAUCAUCUUCAUCGACGAGGUGGACUCGCUGUGCGGCUCCAGGAACGAGAACGAGAGCGAGGCCGCCCGCCGCAUCAAGACCGAGUUCCUGGUGCAGAUGCAGGGAGUGGGAAACAACAACGACGGCAUCUUGGUGUUGGGAGCCACCAACAUCCCCUGGGUCCUAGACGCUGCCAUUCGCAGAAGGUUUGAGAAGCGUAUCUACAUCCCUCUGCCGGAGGAGCCGGCUCGGGCUCAGAUGUUCCGUCUCCAUCUGGGCAACACGCCACGCAGCCUGAGUGAGGCCGACCUGCGGCAGCUCGCCCACAAGACACACGGAUACUCUGGAGCCGACAUCAGCGUCAUCGUCCGGGACGCGCUCAUGCAGCCGGUCAGGAAGGUCCAGUCGGCCACGCACUUCAAAAAGGUUGGAGGUCCGUCAAGAAGCAACAACCAGAUCAUGGUGGACGACCUCCUGACCCCUUGUUCCCCUGGCGACCCUGCAGCCAUAGAGAUGACCUGGAUGGAGGUGCCGAGUGACAAACUGCUGGAGCCCAUAGUCUGCAUGUCGGACAUGCUGCGCUCUCUGUCCACCACCCGUCCCACCGUCAACUCUGAAGACCUGUUCAAGGUCCAGAAGUUCACAGACGACUUUGGGAUGGAGGGCUGAGAGACGAAGCUCCUCCCACAUCACUGGAGUCCACCAGAAGGGUCAACACCCCCCCCCCCCACCAUCCUGUAGAUCUUCAGCUCGGUUCACGGCCUCUCAUGGAUUUAACAGAUACGAGUCUCGUAUUAUUUAUUUUAUUUAUACUUAAAUCCCUGGAGGACGUCGACCAAAAGCAAGAAUAAAAAAAACCUUGUUGUGAGUUGAUAAUCUGCUUCAGUGCAUCAGAAGAACUUUCCCUCUAACCUGCAGUAAACCUGAGUCCUGACCCGGGGAGUUGGUCCCUCUCUGAGCCGCUUCACUCUCUGACUGAAGGACUGAACAUUGAGCCAUCGUGCACUUUGAAGGACGACGACGUUUGAAGAAGAAACAGAAGAAGUUCUGAAGAAGUGUUUUUAUUGUGUGUCUUAAUGUAAAUGUCUAUAUGUGAAGAGCCCUGUUAUUUUAUUAUUUGAAGUGUUAAAUUAACGGCUUGUCGCUGCCUCCGUGUCCCUCGAUGGCUCGAGAGCUGUUUGGUUCAGUAUUAACAUCGUUUUCCCUCAAUCCAGAAAACUGGAAAAAGAAUCCUGUGGUUUCUCUCGAGAUGAAUGUCUCACGUCUGUGUCCAUUCAGCAGCUGUCCUCCACCUUUACAUCAAAUCACAGCCUCUUCACCAGCCGCAGAUUUGGAAUUGUUGAUUAUAAUUUACCUUUUUAUUUAAAGUGUUCUUAAGAAACUGAGAAAAAAGCCCAAUCUUGUAAUGUUUAGGAAAAUGGAAAAACUAGAUCCUGAAUCCUCCUGAAUCUGCUCCAAAAUGUAAGGAGUUAAAAGUCAAAGUUCUCAGAGAAGUUGAUCAUCUUCAUUAAAAAGCUCCAGAACAGCUGCUAAAUAGAACAAGAGCUGAGAUGGAGUUUACUGCUCAGAUGAACUCCGUUUCCCAGAAUCCUCUUUGUGUGAACAUGAGCCCUUUUCUUUUGCUGCAUUGACGCUUCAGUCUUAGUUCUGACGGACGUUAAACAUUAUUUAUUCCACUUGUGACUAGACUCAUAGAUUCAGUUUGUUUACACUUGUUUCAUGGAGCUUGACUGAAAGUCUGCUUGUUCUUUUGGGACACACACACACACACACACACACACACACACGGUUCUUUUACAUCCAACUGUCACAUCAUGAUCACGCAGCAGCAGCACUUGUGGUGCUUGUGUGUUUGUGGAGGUUUGUGUGUUUGUGGUGGUCGGGGGGGGGUUCGGUUCUCAAACUUCCUGUACAGGGACGUCCUUGCCUCCAUGUAACCACGACAACCAACUUACCCUGAUUAAUAAAAACUGACAUUUCAA